GCUCCGUUUCCUUGUCGUGCCACCAGCUGCCACCCCGCCUCACCACCACUUUUCGCCUGCCUGCGCCGCCGCCGACCGCAUCGCAUCGCCCUGCGCCCCGCCCGCCGCCGCAACCACACAGCUCAUCGCGCCCCGCCGCACGCCACCUGUCCCCGCGCAUCUGCUCGCACCAGCCAUGGCCGACUCUGCACCCCCUGGCACCAACCUGCCGCCUCCGCCGCCCACUGGCCCGCCUGGCUACGAUGGCCAGCAGGGCAACCCGCAGCACAUGGCGCCCCCUACGCUCGCCCCCGUCAUCAUCCCGCAGAACACGAACCCCAUCCCGACGGCCAUCAGCUCGCCCAUGUCCGGCGGCGUCAUGUCUCCGACCAGCGCUGGAGGCUCCUACACGCCGCGCCGCGCCGCUCCCGAGCCAAACAAGCGCGCCCUGUACGUCGGCGGCCUCGACCCCCGAGUCACCGAGGACGUCCUGCGCCAGAUCUUCGAGACCACCGGCCACGUCCAGAGCGUCAAGAUCAUCCCGGACAAGACUGCCAGCUCGCCAACCGGCUUCAACUACGGAUUCGUCGAGUACGAUGACCCUGGUGCGGCCGAACGAGGCAUGGCCACUCUCAACGGCCGCCGUAUCCACAACAACGAAAUUCGUGUGAACUGGGCCUACCAGUCCAACAACACCGCCAAGGAGGACACUUCGAACCACUACCACAUCUUCGUUGGCGAUCUGUCCAACGAGGUCAACGAUGAGGUGCUCCUCCAAGCCUUCUCUACCUUUGGCCCUGUGUCCGAGGCCCGCGUCAUGUGGGAUAUGAAGACUGGCAGAUCUCGUGGCUACGGCUUCGUUGCCUUCCGUGACCGCCCCGAUGCCGAGCGCGCCCUGAGCUCCAUGGACGGAGAGUGGCUUGGUUCGCGUGCCAUUCGCUGCAACUGGGCCAACCAAAAGGGCCAGCCUUCCAUCUCGCAGCAGCAGGCCAUGGCCUCGAUGGGCAUGACCCCAACCACACCCUUCGGUCACCACCACUUCCCCACCCACGGAGUUCAGAGCUACGACAUGGUCGUGGCCCAGACUCCUCAGUGGCAGACCACCUGCUAUGUCGGCAACCUAACCCCGUACACUUCCCAGUCUGACCUCGUUCCUCUUUUCCAAAACUUUGGCUAUGUUACCGAGACUCGUUUCCAGUCUGACCGUGGGUUUGCUUUCAUCAAGAUGGACACUCACGAGAACGCUGCCAUGGCCAUCUGCCAACUUAAUGGGUACAACGUUAACGGCCGACCUCUGAAGUGCAGCUGGGGCAAAGACCGCCCACCAACCGGCCAGUUCGAAGGCUACUCGCCUGCCGGCCCCAGUCCAGCUUACGCUCAGGCGCCUGGCGCGUUCUUCCCUCAGUACGGUGGCGGACCAGGUGGUCCCAUGUCACCUUCAGGUGAGCGGCACCGGAGGAAGCUACAGUACCGAAAAACACAAUCUAAUGCACGGGCAGGACCCAGCCCUGGUGGACAACCCUUCGCCCAGCAACAAGCCGGCUUUGGGGGUCCUGGCAUGAACUACCAGCAGAUGCAGCCGCAGCAGAUGCAACCGCAGCAGAUGCAGCCGCAGCAAAUGCAGCCAGGCAGUGCCGGUGGCUACGGUCGUGGCGCUCCCGCUCCUCAGCAACAAUGGGGCCAGCCCGGCCAGGGCGGCUUCCAACAAAACGGCUUUGGCGGCUACCAGGGCUAGGCCCUCACCACUCACCUUCGUCAUGUUUCGCAUCGUCCAGCCUCUGCUUUCGACAUGCCUGGUUGUUUACAAGGCUCUUCUUGAUUAGCGCCGAUCUUUGCAUCCUUCUAUCUGCUAUCUAUCAUGUCCUUACAAGGAGACUGUCU